AUGUUAAUGCAGCCGCAGAGUGAAGAACUUCCCAGCUUCCCGAGGGUACGAGUGUCUGCAGCUGUGGGUGACUGGCAGGAACACCGAGGUAUACUCCUGACUUUCUCUACUCCAAGCCUGGGAGAGUUCUUCACUGUCAGUGGUAAGGCUCUGUAUGAAGUAGCAGUAAAGGUGAAGAGCAUCAGUUCUUUAAAAGAGGUGAGGGAGCACCGGUGGCAGGGGCAGUCCUUUGUGAAAGAGAAGGAAAAAAGAGAAAAGGGGGAAUUCUGUUCUGGCUUUGUUCCCCCCCAGUUACCCGUCCCCUUUCCCUCGGUGUCCGUGUCUCCUCGACGUUACAGUUUCCAGACCUACAAGACAAUGAAGUGUUCAGUUCAGAUGCCUGUUCUACCCAUAGAGACAGUGGCAAUCAUACUAAUGAUAAGUGGGCUUUCAAAGAUGCAAUCAGCUUCAUCACCACCUUUAUUUUACCCAUUUGGCACGGGAGCAGGAGACACUGUCUGUCCUCCUGCUGAUGAUUCAGACUCAUCUGUUAUUAACCUAACCAGUCCAUUCUCUUUCUUUGGACGAUCAUACCCUCAGAUAUAUAUCAACCACAAUGGAUUCUUGACAUUUGAUCAGGCAUCCAGCAGCUAUACUCCCAUUCAGUUCAACAGCAGUUACAGUGGAAGAGAUAUCAUUGCUCCAUUCUGGACUGAUAUUGAUAAUAGACUAAAUGGCAUUAUAUCUUAUAAUCUGUACACUGUGGGAAAUGUGCUCUCACGGGCCACACAGGACAUCAACCAGUACUUUACAGGAGUCAGCCUCUCUAUUCUGUGGGUCUUUGUUGCUACAUGGGAUAAAGUGGCUUACUUCCCAAACUCAGGCACGGAAUCAUCUUUCCAGGUGGUCUUGAUCUCUACUGGCAGUUCUUCCUUUGUGCUGAUGAAUUAUGGGGUCAUUGCCACACUAAAGUCCACCACAGAGGUAAACUCAUUUAAAUAUUUCAUUAAACACAAAAGAAAGUAAAGUUUCUGAUUUACAAUUGUGUUUUAGGCCGGGUACGCCAGCUCCACACAGAACUUUACAAUUCUGUGGGAAACCAACAAAGUUGAUGUAAACCUUUCAAGCUCGAGCAAUGUGGGCAUCCCAGGGCGCUGGGCCUUCUGGGUUAAUGGAGCACCAGAUAACAGCAUUACAACCACUCUUAGCACAACAACCCAAUUCAGUUCCACAUCUGCUACCAGCAGCACUAUGG